AAAAUAUCGUUUUUUCCGAAAAAUGUACCGAAUUGUAACAAAAUACUCGUAGUGAAAUAAAAAAGUAGUUACUUAUUUUUAAAUCCAAAAGUGGAAAAUGUUUUAACAUGUGCUACCUGCUGCUUGAGUUGAAGUCGUACAUCUGGCGGGCGUGGGAACGCCUGCCUGUCGCGACGAGCACACGAACAAACAUAUUCUCCGCGGUGAACAACUUCUUCGCUGAUUCGCCGCUGGUGAAUCAGCUCAAGGGCAUCAUGACUCGACAAACAAGCAGCAGUGGGGGAGAGCCGGGGCCUCCCGACGACUGCUCCCGCCUCAAUAGCAGGGAGCCGCCGGCCCUGGCCCUCAGCCCUUCAGAAAGCGUGUUCUCAGACCAGUCGAUCACUUCCUCCCGGCCUCAGCAGCAGCGGCAGGUGACCUUCCUGAAGCCAGCGGCGGACACAACCCUGGACAGAAAGGCUUCUAUCGUGGACGAGACCACAGGCAUCACCCGGACACAAAUGAAAGAAUUUCGCGAAGCAUUCCGCCUAUUUGACAAGGACGGAGAUGGAACCAUCACGAAAGAGGAGCUGGGCCGGGUGAUGCGCAGCCUGGGCCAAUUCGCGAGGGUUGAGGAGCUGCAAGACAUGCUGCAAGAGGUUGACAGUGACGGUGACGGUAACGUCAGUUUCGAGGAAUUCGUGAGCAUCUUGUCCAAGUCGAUGUCAGGCGCUGGUGGCGCCACCACCUCGGCAGAGCAGGAGGAGAGGGAACUAAGGGACGCCUUCAGGGUGUUCGAUAAACACAACCGAGGGUACAUCUGCGCAUCUGACCUUAGGGCUGUCUUGCAGUGCCUGGGAGAAGAUCUGUCCGAAGAAGAAAUCGAGGACAUGAUCAAAGAAGUAGAUUCUGAUGGAGAUGGCCGCAUUGACUUCUUAGAAUUCGUCCGAGCUCUUGGUGAACCAGAGGACGCUUGCGAUGACGAUGAUGAUGAAGACGCCACGGAGGCGGCAGACCUCCUUAUACAACGGCCUAUUAUCGCGAAUUAGUUUUACACGAUUUGUACUUCACUGUGUGGUAAAGUGCUUUUGAUACUGCAAUAUUCUGUCGUUGCAGUCAGGUGAAAAUAAUACGUAAAUUUCUGUUAUAAGGGCAAUGAUUUUAAUUUGACAUUUUAUUUUUUAUUCUUUCUAUUUUAUUAUUAAUAUAUUACCACUACACAAAUACUAAGUUCACACCAUGAGAAGUUAUUUUAACAUAAGUGUAAUAUCAUAUAUGUCGCGUAUCUAUCUAUAUAAAGUAGGUUUUUCUUAAAGUUCUAACAUAUAUCUAACCAAUCUUCACACAUAUUAUUUAAAAAAAUCAAAUAUGAGUUCAAACCUACAUUUUCUAAGUAAAACAUUUAUUAACCACUUAAAUAAUGUCCUAAUAUUUUAAUUUUGCUGUAAAAUCAUAAAAGGACAUGUUACGAUUACGAGUUUACAUUAUAAGACUUGUAAGAAAAAAAUAUAGGUAACUUUAAAUGAUUAUAAAUUCAAAUUACGCGGCUGGCUCGAGUCCUGAUCGUUUCUGAUAUCACUUGACAUUAAAAACUGCAGUCUCUAAAAGUCUUACCUAUUGAACAUCCUUAUAAAAAAAUGUAGUUACCACACAGCGAAGCGUCACUAAUGAAUAAUCUUCACUAUCACUGUAUGCGACUGUACAUUGCUUGUGAAUAUUUCCCGUUUGAGAAGUAAAUAUUUUAGGCUAAAAAAUAUUUAAUUAUGGCGCUACGUAGGCGACACUAGCGCCAUCAUCACAUUUGUAGAAAUAAAAGAAAAAAAAAUGCGACGGUGGCUGUUAGUAGCUGAUGACGCCUCAAAUUUACCUACUGAAUUUUUUUGAACUUGACUACGAAUAUUUGCGCUAUACGUUAAUAUAUAUAUUUCCGAUAUUAAUCAUUUCUAAAUAUUUUAGCUAGUAAAAAUAUAAAUUCUUAGAGAAAUGAAAGUUCCAAUAUGAUAUAUGCGAUCUCUUUUUAUACAUAUCUCUUUACUCACUCUAAUAACGUAUCAACAUACUAUAUCAACGAUCUUAGAGUCGCGUUUGUGUUGGUAUAAAAAUAUAUAAUGAACUCAUAAUAAACUACAUUUAUAGGGCAAUUUUUCCUACUAUUAAUAUUCCUCUACAUAUUUAAAAAUAUACAUAUCUAUAACUAACAACGCCUAAUCAUAUAUCCUUAAAAGUCUAAAACAUAUCUAAAAUAGUUUUAAUUAUUUCCUAUUAGAUAUACUUACACUAGUUAAAUUAUGAACAUUUAUAAAUUACUACUAAUUUAAUAAUAUAACUAUUUAUUUACAAAAACUGGGGUCAAUGUUGGAGUCAAAACAUACUAAAUGAUUAUGUAAUAUGUAUCUUACAUACCUUUUUUAAUCAAACAAUUUCGUAAUUCAAAAAUAAGUUUUGUUAGGUUCUUGUUAAAAUGCUUAUUAAAAAUGUAAAUAAAGAAUAAAACAAUGCAAUAUUCCGAUGUUUUUUAUUAACAUACAAAAUACUUACAGCUUAUUUAUAUAGGUUGGUAUAUAUUUAAUACAACACAUUAGAGGUAUUAUGGUAGAUAUUUAACAGUUUAUAAUUUUAUUAAUAGCGUAUUUAUGUUUAGUGCAAUUAAAUAUCAAUGGGCCUGUCAAACAUAAGUACAUCUUGGGCUUGGCGAUGACGUUGCUACAGUUAUAGAAAAAAAAAAAGAAAAUGACUUCUG